CCCGAGCUCUAAGCGAGAGUAACUGACCCGAGAGGAAGGGGGUGUUGCCGUCCUCUCGCUCUGGCACCGUCCACACGCGUUUAUUUUUCGCUGCUUAAUUUGGACCAGCUUCGCAGCAGAGGAGGGAAGAGGCAGGUGCGGUUUCAUUCGGGAUUCGAUGUUCGCAGUAAGCGCCACUUUCUCCCCUCUGCCUUCUUCGGAUGGACUUUAAUUUCAGUCUCCCUCUCUCAGAAACAGCGGGGUGGACAGAGACGAUUCACAUCAGGACAUUUAUUUCGGAUGACUCGCUCUGCUAUUCCUAGGAUCAGCACUGCAAUCUGGGUCUCAGUCCUGAAGAGCCCCAUAUAUCUGGAGAGGAAGACUGCAGAAAGCCUGGAGAGGUGGGAGCGUGGACGAUCUGGCUGAUUCCACCCCGGAAUAGAGAAACCUCUUGGAAGUUUCAGAUUUUAUGAAGGAAAGUGCAUGUGUGUUUGGCCCGACUGUAAGGAGAGAACUUCAACAUGAACACAGAUAGCGGAGGACGUGCUCGCAAAAGCGCUUCACUGUCUUUCAAGCUCUCCUCCAUCAAGAGGGUCCAGAGCACUCCCAACCUGCACUCAGCUGCAGGGAGUGACUCUCACUCAUCAGAUUCAGAUGCAUGGCGGUCCCGCAGUGCCACAGAUGGGAUGAGGAAUGGGGACGCGGGCAGCUCCUCUCUGGCUGCCAAAGGCUUCCGCAGCGUCCGGCCCAACCUGCAGGACAAGAAGUCUCCCACACCGCCUGACGGGUCCCCGUCCCGAGCGCGCACCACCUCCCCCCGAGGACCCCUGUCCCCCGACGCCGGCUCCCGCCGCUCCCCCUACAGCCGUGCCAGCCAGGGCUCGCCGGACUUCCUGUCCUCGGCGCUGUCCCCGACCCCCUACAUGCCCCUGGAGCGCGGCGCGAUGGCGGGGGGGGUCGGCGGAGGAGGAGGAGGAGGAGGGGGGGCGGGCGGCGGAGACUCGCCGGUCACCGUCUCGGCGCUGAGCCACUACUCGUCGUCGACGGCCGUGCUGGACGAGCUGCAGAUCUGCGGGCUGGACUCCUCCCCCGGGGGCUCGGCCACGCCCUCGCCAACGCUCAGCCACGCCUCCAUCACCCCCGACAACGACGGCCCGGCUCUAACCGCCACCAUGGCCACCGCUGUCGCAAGCGCCGCCACUAACGGUCAAAUGGCCAUGAAUGGGAGUUCUGCCCAUGCCAGCAGCCCACCCAGCAUCCCCCAGAGGCCCUUCUCUCCUCCAGCCUACCCCCCUCCGCCCCCCACCCUCAGCCCUGGCAUGAUGCGCGUCCAGCAGAGCCGCAGCUCAGAGUGCUCAGAGUCUGUGAUGCGUGAGUCAGUGAUGACUGGCCAGACUACGGUCAGCAGCACAGUGCCCAUCGCUCGCUUCUCCGAGGAGGAGAAGAAGGUGUCCGUCAUCAAAGCGCCACACUACGAGGGCAUCGGCCCUGUGGACGAGUCGGGAAUUCCCAUCGCCAUCCGAACGACAGUGGACCGGCCAAAGGACUGGUACAAGACCAUGUUCAAGCAGAUUCACAUGGUUCACAAGCCAGAUGAUGACUAUCCGGACUCAUACAAUGCCACCUACACUAUUGUCAACAACGACAACUACAACCCGGUCCACGCUCAUCCCCCACCCCGCACACACACCUACCGCCCGCUGGCCAAGCCCGUUGCCGGGGACGACGGCGGCGCCCCUCUCCGGGAGCCGUCCCCCUCCCCCGUGCCGCCUCCUCCUCCACCCAUGCCCUCGCUGCUGCAGCUCCGCUCGCGCGACUACGACCGGGAGCGCGACGUUCUGCACGACCCGAAUGAGUACAGUCCACCGGACAGGAAGGUGGACACGAGGAAGUACCGUGCCGAACCACGGAGCAUCUUUGAGUACGAACCGGGGAAGUCCUCCAUCCUGGAACAAGAGAGACCAACUUAUGGUUUAAACCCCGAUGACAUAGAUUUAGAGAACGAGCCUUGGUAUAAGUUCUUUUCCGAGCUGGAGUUCGGUCGGCCGCCUCCUAAAAAACGUCUGGAUUAUAAUCCAGAUAUCUCCUCCACUCGCGCCAUCAUUGAGAGCUCGCUCCACAUCUCCCACGGCAACCGCGCACCCGAGAGGCCGUCAAGUGCUGCCAGUGACUACAGGAAGAGGAGGAAGUCGGAGCCGACGGUGUCGGAGCAGAAUGCGUCGCAGGCCUCACCUCAGACCCACCAGCCCAGCCGCGCCAGCACUCUGAAGAAGCCCAGCGCACGCUCCUCCCCCUCCUCACCGUCCAGAGCCAAAGCGGGCGAGGGGAGUGAGAUGGCGUCUCCGCGCUCGGCCUCGGUGCCCCUGUGCCCGUCGCCCCCUCCCCUGCCGCCGGGCCCCCCGCGCCGCUCGCUCUGCUCGCGCGACAGCUGGCAGGCUCAGCGGCAGGACGCGGCGGACGGCUGGAGCAGCACGGAGGACGCGUCCAACGCCUCCAACGCGCCCACGCCGCCCACCUACACGCCCAGCUACACCCCCACGCCGCCCCUGGCACAGCCCCCGCCCCGCCUCAAGUCCCGCAGCUGCGACGACCUGCUGUCGGACGGCCCGGGCCUGCACCACCACCAGCACCACCAGCACGGGGGCCGAGGGCGGGGGGGCCCGGGCGGGCGGGGGGGCAGCGGGGGGUCCACCCUACCGGCCGCCACGCGCUCCGAGAGCGCCGGCUCGCUGCUGUGCGACGGCUCGGUGGCGUCGCUGGACGGCGGGUCGGGGUCGGCGUCGCCUCGUCAGCCCCAUCACCACCACCACCAGCGGCGGCGGCGGGCACACGACGCGCCGGGCUUCCUGCAGCUCUACAAGAAGAUGCACCGCAUCAACCGCGCCGAGCUGCUGCCCCCCGAGGUCAUCCGGUCGGUGCGCGCCCGCAUCCUGGAGCUGGAGAAGCACCAGCAGCAGUGGGGCAGCCCCAGGCUGGGCGGGGGCGGGUGGGCGCCGUGGGGCGGCGAGGUGCCCCGCGACAUGGUGCCCUCGCGCAUCUCCGCCUACGAGCAGCUGAUCCAGAAGUCCAAGUCCAUGCCCAACCUGGGCGACGAGGCUCCGUCGGGCGCCACCACGCCCGGCUCCUCGUCGCGCGCCAGCAGCAGCGGCUGCCCCAAGCGCCGCUUCUCCAUCGAGUCGCUGCUGGAGGAGGACACGCCCACCGGCCCGCCGCCGGGCUCGUCCAUCUCGGCGUCCGCCACCGCCUCGCCGUCCUCGCCCACGCCGCCCGAGCGCCGCCCCAGGAGCCCCCCCGAGGGCCAGCCGCGCGCCGGACCCUCCGACGGCCUCCCGCGAGCCAGCCAGCACCGGCCUCCGCCGCACCCGCACCCGGGCGUCCACUCCCACUCGCACCACCACCACCACCACCACCAGCACCACCACCCUCUGGACCGGCCGCGGUCCGCCAGCGCCACUCCGCACCAGCAGGGGGAGUACUCGGACAGCGAGGCCGACGCCGCCGCCUCCGACCUGAGCGACUUCGUCCAGCUGGAGGCCUCGUCCUUCUGCAGCGAGAGCGACUUCGACCACUGCUCGCUCACCUCGUCCGAGAGCUUCUACGCCUCGGCCGCCAGCCGCCACCAGCUCCUCCACCACCACCACCACCUCCACGGGCACACCCACACCCACACCCACGGCCACCCCCACCAGAGCCACCAGAGCCUGGGCCAGAGCCAGGGCUUCCAGCACCGCCACCUCAUCAGCUCCUGCAAGGGCCGCUGCCCGGCCUCCUACACCCGCUUCACCACCAUGCGGCGGCACGAGCGCGAGCGUGCCCGCCUGGAGCCGCGCCCGCCCACCACCACGCCCACACACGCCCACCCGUCCGCGCUCUCGCAGCCCGACCCGGGCCUCUCCAAGCUGGCCUUCCUGGUCAGCCCCGUGCCUUUCCGCCGGAAAAAGGGCUCUCCCCCCGGGGGCGGGGACGACGGCGGCGGCGGCGAUGGUCAUCGCCGGGGCCGCUCCCGCGCGCGCUCCAAGGCGGCCAUGUACGAGGCGCUGGACGCCGCGCUGCAGGACAUCUACGAGCACGUCCGCGCCGAGCGGGCCGGACGCGGCGAGGGCCAGAGCCUGCGCGACGGCGUGUCCCGGCUCCCCGACGACAGCAUCCUGCGCCGGCUGCUGGAGGAGCUGCUGCCCGACGUGCCCGAGAGGAGCUCGUCGCUGAGGAGCCACCGGGGCAGGCACUUGGGCGGGCACCACAGCGCGGGGCCCUCGCCUCCGCCCCCCUCCUCACGCCACCAGCAGCAGCCUUACACCCCCCACCACCACCACCAGGCCGCCCAGAGCAGGAGCCAGCAGGGCUCCCCUAGUGGCUACGCCUCGCCCUGCGGGGCCGGCUCAGACCUCAGUGCCUCCCCCUACCGGCACCACCACCACCACGCAGACGCCUCCAACAACAACCACCACUACGCCAACGCCAACGCACACUGUUACUCAGAUCAGACAUCGGACGCCGGACGCCAAACCCCCCAGCACAGAAGGCCCUCCCCCAACAGAGAGGUGUCCCAUAAGCAGAUGACAUUUCUCAUAUUGUCUUCUCUCCUUCAUCAGAAACAGCCUGCCAGAGCUAUUUAUGAUUUUAAGGCACAAACGGCCAAGGAGUUGUCCUUUAAGAAGGGUGAUGCGGUGAACAUCAUCAGGCAGAUUGACGGCAACUGGUACGAGGGAGAGCAUCGCGGCCGCGUGGGGAUCCUGCCCAUCUCCUAUGUGGAGAAGGUGCCUACGGUGGAGAAGCAGCCCCAGCCGGUGCGUCCUCCUCCACCUGCUCAGGUGAGGGAGAUGGGAGAGGCAGUGGCUCGCUACAACUUCAACGCCGACACCAACGUGGAGCUGUCACUCAGAAAGGGAGAGCGCGUUGUCCUGCUCAGACAGGUGGACCCCAACUGGUACGAGGGCAAGAUCCCAGCCACAGGCAAGCAGGGCAUCUUCCCCAUGUCCUACGUGGACAUCACCAAGAGGUCUCCCUCCAAGAGCCCAGCCCACCGCUCAGACCCCCCCAGCUCCAGGAGCCACAAGAGGAUCACACAGGACUCUCACCAUGGGCCUGGAGACCCGUUCCAGGCGCUGUACAACUACAUGCCGAGGAAUGAGGACGAGCUGGAGCUGAAGGAGGGAGACACAGUGGACGUCCUGGAGAAGUGUGACGACGGCUGGUUUGUGGGGACCUCCCGAAGAAGCAAGCUUUUUGGCACCUUUCCAGGAAACUACGUGAAGCAGCUCUAAGGCUUCUCUGUCUGUCUGUCCAGCACAAACCUCACUAUUCACCGUCUGCGUGAAGUCACGCAGCAAUCACACCAAGUGUGUCUGUGUGUGUGUGUGUGUGCGUGUGUGUGUAUGUGUGCGUGACUGCAAAAACACCUGUCCUUGUGUGUAUGGGCACUGUCCACUCAAGUUACCUUUAGCUCCAACUAGCCAUCUUUACAAGAGACAUUUUCACAGACAUUGAUUGAUUCUGGGAUCCUUUUACACACACCAAGCUUUUGUAUCCCACCAUCGCACGACUCCCAUCUCACCCUGGAUGGCUGUCGACCUCCCAACCCAGGCCAGUACACACGCUCUAGUCAACACAUUCUCUCAAUCUCGGAGGGGUGUGUGUGUGUGUGUGUGUGUGUGUGUGUGUGUGUGUGUGUGUGUGUGUGUCCUGUGAUAUGCAAUAACAGUAGAGUAAAGUGGGGAGGGGGGGGCUCCUACAGCUCAGUAAAACUCACGGCAGUUGGAGGAACCCUUCAUCCCAGGGGGGGGUAAGGACUUCCUGGUUGUCAUCAGGCAUGCUGGCAGGAGUCCGUAGCCCACCACUGCCUCCUCUCUCCCAGUCUGGAAGCAUCUUGUGUGUGGGAGGAAUGAGGAGGUGACUUGUGGGAGAGAAUGGAGAGGCAGUUGCAGCAGUAUUUGGACGCAGCCCAUAGAACGACUCUCAGCGGGGUCAGUCCCAAAUCACACACCACAGGAUUCUUCAAAAGAGGAUCAGGACGCAGUCGCAGAGUCCAUACAACAUGACAGUGAAGUCCUUUCAACAAUUCCCCUCAAAGGAUUGUGCAGGUAUAGAUCGAAGCAAUGGUGUUAGGAUGAGCAUAUGUAUGUUUUAGUAUUUGCUUGUGUACAAUAGUAUUUAUAGACACUUAGGUAGAAUGUAAACUAUGAAUUUUUUGCCCCAGUUAAGAUCUAUUUCACAUUUCAUACAUAAACAGCUCUGAACCGUCAUUGUAUUCUAGAUUCUUCACUUAUGAAGUACACUUGUAGAAGUGGCAAUCAAUGAUAUAUUCUGUAUUAUUUCUAAUACUUGUAUAAUGAAGUGCAUUUGAACUUCCGACUAAAAUGGAUUUCUAGAUUGAAUUCCAGCAUUUUCUGAGAUUUGUUUUGUCCUGAAUUGGUUGAACUGUCUCUGUAUAUUAUUAUUAUUAUUAUUAUGAAGGAUUGGAAAAGUCUGAUGAUCCUUUUGAAUCAAAUAAUGGCAAUGUUUUGAAGAGUAUUUUGGAGUAAAGAGAGAAUUAGAGGAAGAGUAAUAUCAAGUAGCAGUAUUGGCAUAAACCCCACCUUACUUACUCUCCAUGUGUUCUGAGUUCCACCUGAGAAAUGGCCGUGUUAGAGACAAAUGGGAGAACCCAUGGUCUCUCGCAUCUCUCUCUCUCUCUGUCCUCUCUCUUCAUCCGCACUGAUGUGGCCUAUGGUUUGUACUUUCACCAUUGUUUGAAUCAUUGCUGAUGUUUUUGUUUUCCUGAUUUCAUGGUUACUAACUCAGUGCAGGAGGCUUCAUCUCUUGUAGCCGCUGUACUCUCUUCUGCAUACGUUUCUUCAGGCAUCACCUUGUAAUGCUAAAGACUUUGUUAAAAAAAUACAUUUUUGUUGAGUUGCUUUAAAUCAAUAUAGACUUCAGGGCUUGUUAUUUGCUAUUUGAUUCAGAUGUUGUGCUUGCUGGAGUACGAGUAGAAGUGAAGAUACGUGUUGCCAAUUUUCUCCAGGCGUGACACUUCUGUCAAACAACCCAGACAGUUGCUAGCACUGAGGCAGACCCAGCCUGAUCCGGCCCGGAUAUGAACCAGGUCAGGCCCGGAUAUGAACCUGGUCAGAGUCAGAUAUAAGCCGGAUCAGGGUCUGAGUCGGUGCAAGCUCCUGUUUAGGCAGCCUUAGUGUUUUAAUGAGUACAAGCCUUUGGUAUUCUUUCACCUCUCUUAAUGAAGUAGUGAGUGUGUACAGUAUGUCUGUAUGUGUAUGUGUUUGUGCACUGAGUGACGCAGACAACUGAAAAAAAAAAUAUAUAUAUAUUUUAAAAAGCACCUUAAACCACACAUUAGUUUACUUUUACAAUGCAUUUGUUUUCUCUCAUCCUCUCUUUUUUCUUUGCAUCACGCCAUCCUCUUGUGUCCUUCCUACACUGAACUCACUGUAUUGCCUGCAGUGUUUUUGUAUGUCUUUUUGUAUGGAACUGUAAAUCAAAGAGAUUCACUCGCUUUAUAAAGUCAUUUCUUUCUCACCCAG